AUGGCCGCCCCGUCCUCGGCACAAGCCGAGCAGAUCGUGGCGGCUGCGAGGAGUGGCGCGGCACAUGAAGUGCUGAGGUUGCUGGACAUUGUGGAUCCAGAUACGACGUCUCAAGAUGGAUGGACCCCUCUGCUGGCAGCAUCUGCCGAAGGACAGGUGGAGGUCGUCCAGCUGCUUCUGAAUGCCGGCGCAGAUUCAUCUCGGCUCAAGGAUGGCAGGUCUGCGAUGCAGCUCGCCUUCCAAGCAGGACACCAGGGAGUCUUCCGGCUGCUUUUCAAGACUGCCUUCCAAGUGCUGGACAGCACGCUUCGGCCUGGCUACCGCGAGCGCCUACCAACCUCCCCCAAGGAGGCGGCCCAAGAGGACCCGGAUGCCGCUGUUGAGAGCCUUAAGCAGGUCACCAGGCGCCUUGCCGAAGCUGGCCGCCUGGAGGCACGAGGCGUCCCAUUCGUCAGCCGAGUGCCAUUGGUGCCCAGAGAGGUCGAGGAGAGGGCGCGUGAAGAGGCAGUGCGCGGCGCUAUGCGGCAGAUUGCAUGCAUCUCGGCUCCCACCCGCCGGGGGUUUAGGGUUUAG